AUGAAUCAUACAAUCGAAGCAGGAAACCUUCAUCCUAGUGAUAACAGAAUUGUAUCCAUGUAUGAAAUAAAAUUUUUAGAAGAUCGACAAUUAUCAAAUAUUGAUUUUGAUUAUGCAUUUAAUGAAUUUAAACUAAUCAAUGUUAAAUUACUUGAUGAUGACACAAAAAAGCCUAAUCGACCUACAUUACAUUGGUCUGAUAUAGGUGGAAUGGAUGAUCUUAAACGAGAACUUAUUCACACAGUUCAAUGGCGUUUUCAAAUUUAUGAACCAACUUUUUCAAGUAUUCAAAUUAUUUUUUCUAAUGUACCUAUUCGAUUAAUAUCUGGUAUUCUUCUCUAUGGUCCAUCUGGUUGUGGUAAAACUAAACAUUUAUAUAUAGGUUUUCCAACAAAAUCUGAUAUAAUAUCAAUAUUAAAAAUUUGGACAAAAAAAAUUCAUUUAUCUGAUGAUAUCAAAUUUGAUGAUGAAACAAUUAUAUCACAUUGUGAAAUGUAUACAGGUGCUGAUAUAAAAGCACUUAUUUAUAAUGCACAGUUAGCUGCAUUUGAUGAAUAUCAAUCGAAACAAUCAAUUAUUAUUCAUAAACAUCAUUUUAUUUCAGCUAUAAAACAAACACCAUAUUCAAUACCAGUACAUAUGCGUAAUGCAAAUGAACAUUUGUAUGUGUAA